ACUGCCCCCAGCCACACACGCCUUCUUUCAGUGGGCCAGUCGCUCUCUGGCCUCCAGACCUUUGCACCGACUGUUCUUUCCGCCUGCCCUAUUGACUUGACCCCACUCUUUGCCAGAUGGCUCCUUCUGAGGUCUCAACCUAAAUGUCACCGCAGAGGGACCCUCCCCCACAUCGGAAGUGGGUUCCGCUUCUAGGCCCCCGCUUUUUGUUGCUUGGCCGCACUUCCCACUCGACAGGUGGUGAUGACGUUCUGUUUAUGCGUUCUGCCUGACUAUGCGUAGACACUUAGGGCCACCACCGGGUCCCCAAAGCCUGCAUUUAUCGCGCCCCUGUGCGCGCCCCGCGCACAGCUGCAGGCGCCUCUGCAUCGGGACGCUGCUGCUGUUUCCUGCUGGGAGCGUUGACCCUGUCCCGGACUAGCCAGGUGACUUCCCACAGCCACAGAGAGACAGCUGCAACCCCGGACCUCAGGCCUGACCCUGAUUCCGCCGGCGCCAAGCAGCAGGAAGCCAGGUUCUUCCGCUACCUCCCAGCCUUUCCCAUACCCCGGGCCCCCCAGCUCGGGGGCCCCCACAACCUGCCUGAGGAACUACACUUCCCAGCAGGCGCUGGAGCAGCGACCACAGGCCCCGGCGCGCUCUUAGGCGCCGCCCCGCCCCCGGCACUAAGCCCACAGUGGCUGCAGGCCGGCGGGAGCCGCGCGGGGCGCAGGGCCUGGCCACCCCUCCCACAGAAUGCCUGAGGGCCCUGAAUUGCACCUGGCGAGCCACUUUGUGAAUAAGGAAUGCCGGGGGCUGGUGUUCAGCGGGUGCGUGGAGAAGUCACCUGUCAGCCGCAACCCAGAGGUGCCCUUUGAGAGCAGUGCCUACCACAUCUCAGCCUUAGCCCGUGGCAAGGAGCUGCGCCUGACACUGAGCCCCCUGCCUGGGGCCCAGCCCCCACGGGAGCCACUGGCCCUUGUCUUCCGCUUCGGCAUGACUGGCUCCUUCCAGCUGGCCCCCAGCGACGUGCUGCCGCCCCACGCCCACCUGCGCUUUUACACAGCUCCAUCUGGCCCCCGACUCGCCCUCUGCUUUGUGGACAUCCGUCGCUUCGGCCACUGGGAGCUCGGGGGCGAGUGGCAGCCAGGCCGUGGGCCGUGUGUCUUGCUGGAGUAUGAGCAGUUCAGGGAGAACGUCUUACGAAACCUGGCAGACAAGGCCUUCGACCGGCCCAUUUGUGAGGCCCUCUUGGACCAGCGGUUCUUCAAUGGCAUUGGCAACUAUCUGCGGGCAGAGAUCCUGCACCGGCUGAGGAUACCCCCCUUCGAGAAGGCCCGCACGGUUCUGGAGGCACUGCAGCAGCGCAGGCUGAGCCCAGAGCUGACCCUGAGCCAGAAGAUUAAGGCCAAGCUGCAGAACCCAGACCUGUUGGAGCUGUGCCACUCAGUGCCUAAGGAAGUAGUCCAGCUGGGGGGCAAAGGCUACGGGCCGGAGAGCGGAGAGGAGGACUUUGCUGCCUUCCGAGCCUGGCUGCGGUGUUAUGGCAUGCCAGGCAUGAGCUCCCUGCGGGACCGGAAUGGCCGCACCAUCUGGUUCCAGGGGGAUCCUGGACCCCUGGCACCUAAAGGGGGCAAGUCCCGCAAGAAGAAAUCCAAGGGAGCACGGCAGGGUCCUGAGGACAGAGUGGAGGACCCUCCACCUCCAAACAAGUCCCCUUCAAAGACACGAAGGGCACGGAGAGGCCUUCCUGAGCAGACUACAGCCCAGCAACCCAAGGGGCCCAGCCUCCAACAGGACCCAGAAGCGCCCCCAGUCCCUGAGAAAGGGAAAAGGAGGAGACGACCAGCAACCUCAGGCCACCAUCGACCCCAAAAAGUCAAGGCUGACACCCCAUCCUUGGAGCCUGAGGGGACCUCGGCCUCUUAGCAGAAGGGAGGCUUGCUUGCAUCCACCCUUUCCCACUGCCUUGCCCUGGAUCUGGGAGCCUGUGUGGCUUCCUAGAAUUUGCAGGGGACUGGAUGCCCCUGGCCCUCUGGCUGUUUCCUGCACAACUAUUAUGUUUUAAAUUGUACCCCACCUUCUCCAUUUUUUAAGCCACGUGGAAAAUGCUGUAAUUUCCUAUAAACUGAUAAAGUUGAA